UGUUCAUAUUACAGUUUCUUGUAGAUAUUCUGAAUUUUGACUUGCUUCACUUCACCUCAACCUCUUCCUUGAGUAAAAAUGGAAAUUGCAUAAAGGGCAGUGUUUUUCUUGAGACGCUUUCUUUAUAUUAAAGUCGUAUAUUUUAAUGCAUGCUGUCGAGCUUUUGUUACUUUGUGACAAAUGGAGGGUCCUUAGUUCUGUUUCUCUUUCUUCUCUCUGUGCUUUCAACCAAGUUCUCAAAUCACUCUUCUUCUUCACCCUUCUGAUCUGCUAAUUCUCAAGGUAUUCAAAAUUGGGUGGUUUUCGAUUGAACUGUGAUGUCCAAGCCACUGCUAGGCAUAGCGGAAGAGGAAGGUCAAAGCAAUGUCACUUUGUUGGUUUCUUCCUCAGCCACCAUGGAAAGUGUGUGCCUGAAUAGCUCAAAACUGAAAGAGCGCAACUACAUGGGGUUAUCUGAUUGUUCAUCUGUGGACAGCUCCGCGCCGUCCUUCUCAGAUGAGACUAAGAGCAAUCUGAACCUCAAGGCUACUGAGCUCAGACUGGGGCUUCCGGGGUCGCAAUCUCCCGAACGAGAUUCAGAUCUUUGCUUGAGAAGUUCGAUUCAGUUUGAUGAAAAGCCACUGUUUCCUUUGCAUCCUGCAACUGAUGAACACCAUUCCUCAUCAAAGCCUGCUGUUUUGGGAAACAAAAGAGGGUUCUCAGAUGUCAUGAGUGGAUUCGCCGAGGAGAAAUUGCUUGUUAGUUCCGAGGUCAACACAAUAUUGCCACCAAGGCCUUCUUCUAAUGUGGGGUUGAAACCAAGCUCUAUGCUUGAGAACGUCGGGGCUCAGCAGCAAGCCAAAGAACUCGCAACAGUGAAGGUUGGUCACGAGAGGUCUCAUGCUGUCAACGAAAGCAGACCAAAUCUUAAUGAUUCUACUAAUAACAAUAGCAGUGCACCAGCUACCAAGGCACAGGUUGUUGGUUGGCCUCCUAUAAGGUCAUUUAGGAAGAAUUCAUUGGUCACUACUUCAAAGAAUGUUGAAGAAGUAGAUGGAAAAGUGGGGCCUGGUGCACUGUUUGUAAAGGUCAGUAUGGAUGGUGCACCUUACUUAAGAAAAGUAGACUUGAAGAAUUACAAUGCGUAUGCCGACCUAUCUUCUGCGCUGGAGAAUAUGUUCAGUUGUUUUACCAUAGGUUCUUGUGGAUCUCAUGGAAAUCUGGGAGGGGAGGUGCUGAAUGAAACCAAGCUGAAGGAUCUGCUUCAUGGAUCAGAAUAUGUUCUUACUUACGAGGAUAAAGAUGGAGACUGGAUGCUAGUGGGUGAUGUUCCCUGGGAGAUGUUUACUGAGACGUGCAAGAGGCUAAGGAUUAUGAAGAGCUCUGAAGCCAUUGGUCUAGCACCAAGAGCUGUUGAAAAAAGUAAGAGCAGGAACUAGGCAGAAUUAAGCAUCUCAUCACACCCUUCUAUCCAUCUAACUGCUUGUGGGGUUAAAAUGUUUUCUUGGCUGUGUGAGGGAGCAACACAAGGCCAUAAUGGCUUGGAAGCACAACUUAAGGCAUGUUUGGACUGGAUAGAAUUUGGUACUAAAGCUGCCUUGUUGAUCAUGAUAUUAUUUACUAUCGGUGUGUUCUGUUGUCAUGAUGUUUAUAUUCAGUAAGCUUUUUUCAUGAUUGUCACAACUUAUAAAACCCCAAAAACCUGUCUGUGGGAGGUUCUUAUAUUUUUUAUGUGCUCUCAUGUUCCUGUUGUGGUGAAGGAUUUGUAGUUUGUAAAUUGGAUCAUCUCUUCUAUGUUUGCAACUUGGUGUGAUAAAAAACAAGAAGUUAUUAUAUAUGUAAUGCACCUUCUACUGUUUCUCUUUUGUCAAA